AUGUCUGCAACUGGUAAAGUAGUUCGCAGCGGUGCUUCUGCCGUCCGCACUGUUGCUCCUAUUAAAUCUGUUACCAAUGAACAAGCUCGUCGUUCUGUUCUUCAAGUUUAUAAGGAACUGCAACGCCUGACCCCUAAGUUCUGGUGGGAUUUCGGUCUUCAUGAUAUGCCUCUUGGAGUUUUCAGAGCUGUGUUGAAACAGCAAUUCACCAAGAACUCGCAUAUAUCAGAUAUUCGUGUCGUCGAUAGACUUGUUGGUGAAACCAAUCAGCACAUUUAUUCGAUCCGCUAUGCUUUCUACAACAGUGAUCACGUACGCAAUUAUCUGUUCCGUGAAAAUGUAGAAGCUAAGCCAAAAGAUUUCCUCUCCAAGUUCCUUAAUGGAAAGAAUUAA